AUGAGGCAUCAUGAGGCUUCAGCAGCACUAGAAGAUGGAACUAUCUACAAAAGUUUGUUUGCUUCUGUGGCUGAUAAUGGAAACUACAAUGGGUUUAUUCUGGAGGAGCAUGUCUGUAGAAUGACUGUACCUACAGUCCCCACAGCAGCUGCUGAUUUCCUCAGAAUAGUGGUGACUAAGAACUACCAGCAUGUUCUGGCCUUGGCAUUUGCAGUGAAUGAAAUCAAUGACAAUCCCACGCUCUUGCCAAAUGUCUCUCUGGGACUCCACAUGUAUGAUAGCCACUUGGAUGCACGGAUGACUUAUCAGGCCAUCCUGAAAUUGCUAUCUGCCCAGCAUGAAACUACCCCUAACUACUGCUGUGAUGGACAGAAGUUGAUGGCUGUUGUUGGUGGCCUGCAUUCAGAAACUUCCAUCCAGAUAGCAACCAUCUUGAGCACCUACAUGAUCCCACAGCUCCUCUAUGGAUCUUUUGCUGCUGUGUCUACUGGUAAGAGUCAGGCUCCUUCCUACCAGAUGGUUUCCAAUGAAGCCCAUCAGUAUACUGGGAUUGUCCAGUUGCUUCUGCAUUUCAGGUGGACGUGGGUUGGGGUUCUUGCUGUGGACGAUGAUUAUGGGGAGACGUUUUUGCAGUCUUUGCUGCCAAAGUUUUCUGAGAAUGGCAUCUGUUUUGCCUUUGUGGAAAGAACACUCAAAAUGACUUUUAUUUCAGGAGUUUUUGAAUUUAUAGACCAGCUACAGAAGGCAUCUUCGGUUCUGAUCCAAAGCAAAUCCAACGUGAUGGUCAUCUAUGGUGAUAUCCAGUCAACCUUUGGAAUCCAGUUAAUGCUAGUGGAGAAUCAGUUCAGUAGAAGGACUCCCAUCGACAAAGUGUGGAUUACAACUGCGCAGUGGGAUUUGUCAUCAAACAACUUCAAUAAAAUACCAGACAUCCAGCUCUUCCACGGUGCCUUCUCCUUUGCGGUUCACACAGCUGAAAUGCUUGACUUCCAUAAAUUUGUUCGGCACAGAAAUGCCGACUUGCUUAAGCAAGAUGGUUUCAUCAGGGACUUCUGGGAACAAGCUUUUGGAUGUCUGCUUCCACAGUCUCAUGCAGACGAGAGGAGCGAUGAAGCUUGCAGUGGAGAAGAGAAACUGGAGACCCUUCCGGGGCUGCUUUUUGAAAUGAGCAUGUCAGGCCAUAGCUAUAGUGUCUACAAUGCUGUUUAUGCUGUGGUGCAUGCUUUACAUGCCAUGGGCUUUCUCAGAGCCAAAGGCAAAGCAGCAGCGCAUGAAGACAGAAUGCCGUUUAAGAAUAUUCAGCCUUGGCAGCUCCACUAUUUCCUGAAGAACAUCUCCUUUAACAACACCAUGGGAGACAAUGUCUUUUUCAGGAAUGGAGAGUUACAGUUUGGAUUUGAUAUUAUAAACUGGGUCACUUUCCCCAACCAGUCCUUCCAAAGGGUGAAAGUUGGAAGGAUAGAUCCACUGGCUUCUCCAAGCAAAGAGUUUACUAUUGAUGAAGAGAAGAUCACCUGGCAUAACAGUUGCCAUGCUGGUUUUAGCAGAACAGUGCAGAAAGGGAAGCCAUUUUGCUGUUUCGACUGUGCACCCUGCUCAGAUGGGAAGAUUUCUGGUCAAGAAGACAUGAAUGACUGUGACAAGUGCCCUGAAGACCAGCAUCCAAAUCAAGACCAAACCCAAUGUAUCCCCAAAAGUCUGAACUUCCUGUCUUAUGAAGAACCACUCGGAACAGUUUUGGUUACUUUGGGUCUUUUCUUUGCUCUGAUGACUGUAGUCGUGCUAGGAAUCUUCAUAAUGCACCAGGAGACACCCAUAGUCAAAGCCAAUAACCGGAGUCUCAGCUACACACUCCUAAUCUCCCUCCUGCUCAAUUUCCUUUCCUCCUUGCUUUUUAUUGGCCAGUCAGGAAAGGUGGCCUGCAUUCUCCGCCACACUGCUUUCAGCCUUGUAUUCUCUGUGGUUCUUUCUUGUGUCUUGGCAAAAACAAUCACUGUUGUCCUGGCUUUCAUAGCCACUCAGCCAGGAACCAGGAUCAGAAAAUGGGUAGGAAAACAAAUGGCAAAUGCCAUUGUUGUCAUCUGCUCUUUCAUUCAAGUUUGUAUUUGUACUGUGUGGUUGGGAACCUCACCUCCAUUCCCACAUCUUGACUUUAGCUCAGUCCCUGGAGAAAUAAUCAUUGCAUGUAAUGAAGGCUCUAUCCUCAUGUUUUAUUGUGCAAUGAGUUACACAGGCUUUCUGGCUUUUGUUAGCUUGGCUGUGGCUUUCCUAGCCAGGAAGUUGCCUGGCAGCUUCAAUGAAGCCAAGUUGAUCACUUUUAGCAUGUUGGUGUUUUGCAGCGUUUGGGUCUCCUUUGUUCCAACUUACCUGAGCACCAAAGGGAAAAACAUGGUAGCUGUGGAGAUCUUCUCUGUAAUAACCUCCAGUGGUGCAGUUCUGGUCUGUUUUUUCUCUCCCAAAUGCUACAUUAUUUUAGUAAGACCUGAUAUGAACAACAGGGUGAGUCUUAUUAACAAAAGGAAUAAUGGAAUCUAA